AUGCAUGGAGACGGGGCACUGACCAUCGUCGGCCCAGUGACCUUGCCGCUCCUGCCAUUCUUGCUCCAAGCGAAAGAAACCACCAUCAUACUCCUCGAUCCCAUCCUCGAAGUUGCAGAGGGGAAAGUCCAACGGAGUAAAAAUAUAUUUCUGAAGAGGGUUGCGAAUAUCAGACCCGCCGAGAAGUACAUGGCUGAAAAUCUUGUUUGGUCACGCCGUGGCUGCGUGUUAGCAGCGCUGGGAGCCUCCAUGUGCGAUCGCACCGUUGUCGAGGAGGCCGUUAAGCAAAACAGGCCACGGUCUUUCAGUGGGUUGUUCAAGAACAUUCCCCCUAACGUGAACAUCACCGUGCUAGCAUCAGACCCAGCGUUGGGUGCUAUUUGUCUUUUGGAGCACGUCCCUCGUGACGUGGAGAGAUUGAAUGCUAGAGUUCUUCCAGCAUUGGUCACUGCAUUCGCUAUCAUGAACGGUUACGAUGAUCGCUCCAAACUCGUCAAGGCCGCGAAAGCCACUGCUAUCGCAUCGCUUCCCACAGCCGCAGCGCUCGCUACCAUGGCCACGCAACCAGCCAUGUGAGGCUUUCAAACAUUUGUCGUCCCGUCCUUCGCAUUCGCAGUACUAUCGCAUAGUCACGGUUUUUUCACCUUUUUCACCCAAGGACACUUAGUAUGUGCACCACUGCUUUGUUGCUUUCUGUUCUCGUACUCGCACGCCGUCCGUUCGCUUGUCGCAUAUUGUCCUGCUAGUAGCUCGUACUGUAUAUUGUCAAUCACAA